CGCCGAAGAAAUUGAAAUGAAAGGUGUAAACAACUAUAUAGAAAAGUCGAAUUUAUCCUUAUAGUAUACAUCUAAAAAGACGACCGAAUACUUUUUUGUGUUAGAAGGAUGCUUUUGGCAAUUAUAUCCCGUCUAGUUAUACUGGUGUUUGGGACCCUGUAUCCAGCCUAUGCUUCAUACAAAGCAGUUCGGACGAAGAAUGUCAGAGAAUAUGUGAAAUGGAUGAUAUACUGGAUCGUGUUUGCCUUAUUUUAUUGUGUCGAAACUUUUGCUGAUGUAUUUAUAUCAUGGCUUCCCUUUUACUACGAGGUCAAAAUUGUGUUUGUGUUGUGGCUACUCUCACCCAUGACUCGAGGCUCCAACUUUCUGUUCAAAAAGUUUGUCCAUCCACAGCUAUGCAAGAGAGAAAAGGACAUAGAUGAAAUGAUAGCCCAAGCCAGCAAACAGAGUUAUUCCACAUUGCUCAGUCUGGGAACAAAAGGAAUUCAUUUUGCAACAAAUGCAAUGAUGAGAACUGCACUCAAGGGCCAUGGUAAACUAGUAAGCCAUCUACAGCGGAGCUUUAGUACGAAUGAUAUCACAGAUGAUGGUCAGGGAAUCGCAGACAGAUAUGACCCGUUGGAAGAUGAGGAAGAGGAUCAACUGGAUAACAGAUUACGUGAAGAUAAUGAAGAAUUACUUCGACGUGAUAAUCGUUCUGUAGAUAUUUCCAAUAAACAUUCUAAAAUGAAGAAAAGUGCAAGUGCGAAUGCAGGUCUUUCCAUUGUAAAAGAGGUUGCAGAGGAUGAGGAUGAGGAGGUUGUGUACACAGAGGAGGUUGUUUAUGUGCCAGCUAGGAAGAGCUACUCACACAGAGAGAAGACAACAUCAAAGCAAAAACAGAUAAAUGCGUAUGGAACUCUACCUCGGUCAUCAAACCGCAAGCGAACCUCUGUGAAGAAAUUGGUUCAGUGAUGUUUGAAAUGAUCAUGCUUCCCUUUGAUGGAACUGUAACAGUAAGGUGUGUAACCAGUGAUCUCACAAGUGCAUAGUUUCACAUGUUACAAGGAUAAUAACCCAAUGAAUUCUCCAUUGGAUAAAAUUACUGGAGUCUUUCACAAACGAAUAACCAUAGCUGAGCUUUCUUUUGUAUUAUGAAAAACAUUUGAUUUCAAUUAGAAUUAUUCAAUGGCCAUUUCAGUUCAUAAAAUAAUUAAGCAAUGUUAACACAAAAUCUAUUAUUAAUUUUAUUUCUUUUUGAAAGAAGCUUUUUAAAAACCAUUGUUACCAAUAAUAAAUCUCCAGAUAAUGAAAAAAAAUGAAAAAAAACAGUGGUUUUAAUGCAGCAGUACAUGUAUUUAAUUUUGAACUUAGUUUUGAAUUGUUGGGGCUCUACCUUGAAGUUUUAGAAACAUUUUUUACAAUAUAUCAUUUUAUCUUUAUGGUAAUGGUUUCGAUAUGUAGCAGAAUAAUUAUUGGUUUCAUACACUAGCAGAAAUUGGUACCCAGUAUUAAUGAUACACGCUUGACAUUAUCAUUUAUCAGUUGUAAUUAUAAUAUGUAUUAUAUAUUAGGUCAGUUACCUUGUCACAUGCAUCAUUCAUCAGCAGUUACAAUGCCGAUUUUCAAUUGGGACUGGAUUGUUUUUUAUGAAUACUGGUAUAGUAAAAUUACCAUUAAUAUCUAGGUGGGGUGGGGGGUUGUGAGGAGAAACUUCUUGGCUUUUAUGUGACUGGACCAUUUAUUACUGGCUCAAUAGAUUAUUUUGAAACAUGGUAAAAAAAAGUUAUUUUAUUUUGGGAUAAAAUGAGUAUGAAAGUUACUAUAUCAGUCAAUAGGGUUAGCCUUGGAAGUUGUCCAACAUUUAAUGUAAAGAGUGGAAGAUGGGUUGAUGGUCUGUAUAUCUGUGAUACAGAAUGAUCAUAGUGUCCAUUAUAUGAUUAAAUGAUAAAUGAUUUUAUAACUUUUGUUACUGGCUGUUGUUAUGUCACCAAUCGGAACUUGAUAAGGAAAGUAAUUCAGUCAUAGUCAUACAUUUGAGUGACAGGUUUCCAGUCAGCUUUGAUCACUUUCACAUAAGGCCCACUUAACAUUAAUAUGUUUUCACGCCCAUUUCCAGCAGCAGGAGUUUAUCUGUAUAGUGCAUUUAGAUAGUACCUUUUCUAUAUAUGCGAUUCUGCAUGUGGGCAUUCAGUGCAUUGAAAAAAAGUAGAUACGUUUUUCAGUGCGAUGAUGUCAAAGCGCAAAAUAAAUAUAUGUACUUUUAGCUUAAAAGUGCACUUUGACAAUGUCAAAUUUUGUAUAGUAAUCCACUUGCAAAAAAAAGUAGAUACGGAAAAGUAGAUACGGAAAAGCAUAUUUGCUUACAAUAAAUCAUGCGCAUAAUCGCAUUAAUGGAAAGUGGGUCUAAGAAUGAUCAGUUUUAUUGCUAGUGUUCCAAAUUGCUGUAGGUUUAUCAGUGUUUCAUCACCUAGUCUUUCAUAGCAGUUUUGUUAUUUUAUAUUUUGUAUUUUAUUUUUUAUAUAUAUAUAUAUAUAUAUAUAUAUAUAUAUAUAUAUAUAUAUAUAUAUAUAUAUAUAUAUAUAGAUAGAUAAUUAAAAGACCUAUUUCUGAAAUGGGAAUAAGUUGCCGAAAGGUAUCAUCUGUUAAUUGCUAGAUGGAACUUCAGAUAGAGGUUACAAUACUAAUUACGUCUCAGUCUAAUUAUGUCUGGUAGUUUUGUACUGAAACAGCCUUAUUAUAAAGAAGUAAUGUUUCAUGAAGAAUUUGUCAUCUAUGAAAACUAGUGUUUAAUUGUAAUGUAUCAUGCAUAAUUUACAUUAUAAUUGUGUCUUUCUAGUAGAAGAUUCAUUGUUUUUGCCACAAAUGGUGAGUCAGAUGUAUUUACAUAAUAGCGGUAAAACAUGUAUCGGUAUAUGUAUCUAGUUUCUAACAAGACUGCUAUCAAAUUGUUUACUGCAAUCCCUUUGUCAUAUAUAUGUACACUGUUGUUAAAAUGAGGUGGUGAUAGUAAACUACUUGAUACAAGUCCCAAUUCUGUGGCUAGCCAUUCAGUAAACUUUCAUCUGCUUGGUUGAACAUACUGCAAAUAUGACAAAAUUUCAGUGAUUUCCAAUGACAUUAAUAAUAACCAAUCAGUGUUUUACCCUGAUAUCGUAACCCUGUAAGAACAUGACCAAAAUACAUAUUUGUAAAGAUAACGGAAGGAAUGUCCAAUGUUAAGUAACUGUAUGUGUAUAAUAAUGCUGUGGUUUGCUCAGAAUCUCAGGCAGGGUAUCAGGUUUAGUUAGGUUACGUACACGGUAUAUUCCAACAUAUGUUAGAUAUUUAAAUAUGUGUGGUAUAUGUAUUGUUGGAAACUGUUCUAAUUUUGUAGUGUUACAGAUUCUAUAAUCAGCAUUGGUAUGAUAGAAACAACGAGUUGUGUAUUACACAAAGAAAUCUUUUCUUAUUCUUCUCUGGAAUACUCCUGGUAGUUUUAAGUUGUAGUGAAAAAUAUGUUUAUAUGUGUAUAUAAAUAUUUGUAGAAUGUUUGUUUUAAGGCAAGUGUGAAUGUGUUUUAGGGCUUUAGAUUGCACCAAUGUUAAGGCAAUCAAUGUUGUGCCCAAUAUAAUCACUCCCAAAUUAAGUACAAUAUAUUGACCUCAAAAGCACUGUAGAUUACAAUAUCUUGAAAUGCAUUUGUGAAUAUCUACAAGCCUUCAGCAGUUUUAAUAACAGUAAACAUAGAACCACUUACAUUGUCAAAAACACAAUUCUUAUAACAUUACAAACAGUACCUAAAAUAUAGUUUAAAAUAUACUUCAGUCUUUUUUGUCUUUUUCUUUACCAUAGUGAUGGUGAUCAAUCUUCUAUAAUGAUAUUAUUUUCUGCAUGAAAUAGAUGCCCAGCAUGUAAAAAUUACAAGUUUAAAUGUCAGUUGUAAACUUUAUUUCACAGCAAACAUGUGUUCCUUUGUCGUGAUACUUUUAUUCUGUUUUGGGUUUUUUUAUUAUCUCAGUUACUAUUAUAUGUGUGCUGUAUAUAAUAUAAACACAUAUCUACAAAUCUCACAACAUUUGGACUUUUUGCUUCUUUUGUUUGUUUUACAUUGUCAUGACAGAAAAAAACAAAUUGUUUGUGUGUGUGUGUGUACACUAACUUGAUUUCACUUUAUCCCCCAUACUCUUGGAUAUAAUUGCAGGUCUAAAGCAUAUAUAACACAUGUAAAGUAUACAUCUCAUGAUUUUGUACUUUCUUAAGUUCUUCACUUGGUACAUCAUUUGUUUUUAUUUUACAAUACCAUAAUACAUGUUUCUAUUAACAUUCAAGUGGGUUUUUUUACUGUACUGCAUUAAACAUUCCAAAUUGAGGAAAAAACCCAUCUUAAUUGUUUUUGUUUCCACAAGUCAUCAAAAAAAAUGUGUUUUAGAAACUUUAUGAAAACCAGAUUCUUUUUUUUAUUUUAUAUUUAAGUAAAUAUUUUGCAAGUUUAAAAAUAUGUAAUAACAAUAAAGUCCAUGCAUUAUUAGUUAAUGUAUAAAGCUAUCGUAUGAAUCAACUGUGAUAGGCGUUUUGAGUAGGUGGCCUUGAUAUAGAGCAAAUGUACAUGCAUAAAUUAUGUGUACCAUAGUCUGGUACAAACAUUACAGUUUAGGAUGGGAUUGUUGUUUUGAUACUGUUUGAUUCCAACACACAACUAUUCAUUCUCUGUGUAUUACAAUGCAUUUUGUUUUUCUUCUCCCCACAUACUCUGUUUUUUAUUUUCAAAUUUGUAAUAAUUUUAAGAACUAAAGUUUAAUAUUAUACACUAUUUGAAUGUUAUAGUAUGUAAUUAAAAAUUCAAAUAUUGGUCAUAUUUGAACUUUGUAUUGCUUGCUAUAAUGUGAAGACGUGUAUAAUAUUGGAUAUAUGUAGGGCAGUCAUGAUUUUCAUUCAGCUUUCUGCAGAAUAUGUUACAUAACAUUCACUCAACUUUUUUCUUAGCUCAAACUUGAUGGCGGCACUGACAAGAAGUGCCAUGGUUGUGACAUGAAUUGCUGUAGGUCACGGUCUUCACUGAUAUGUUUUGCUGCUGGAUAAAAAUUACUGCUAUCAAUUGAAAGGAUAAAUAUUUUUGUUUGUGUUUAUUUGUUCCAAAAGUUAAUGGGGUUUUUUCUUCUUUUUUUAAAGUUAUUUAAAUAAUAAUAAGAAUUAAAACAAAAUUUAAUUUAAAAAUUAUAUAACAUCCAGAGUGUAUCAUGUAUCAUAAUGUAUCAUUUAAAUUCUGAAAUCAAAUACAUUUUUGACAACGGCUUUCUGCCAAAAGUACAGAACAGAAUAAAUCCAUAUUGGAAAUUUUUUUGUGGAACAAGAUUUAGUUGACUUUUAAAUACCUUCGAUGUAAACAAAUGUUUUUGCUAAAUGAUAGUCUUUGAAGUAUAAAUGGUACUGUGAGAGUAGACAUUUUUGUCUAGAUAUUAGUAGUUUUUUUGUGUGUAUGUGGUUUAAUUUUGGUUUUUAAACAAAAUAAAUCACAUCAUUCAAAAGAAAAACGUAGUUAGUGAUAAACGCGGUUGUGAUGGGCAUGUGUAAAAUUAAUUCUUGUUAAAAAAAAUUUAGUUGAGAAAGCUGUUAAUUUGCUUCUUUUUUCUUUCUUUAUCGUGUGAAUGAUGAAUGCUCUUUGUUUUGCACUUUUUAACAUUGAUUUUGUCUUGCCUUAUGAAGCAAAAAGGACAGGUAUUACUUUUUGGGCGGCAGUGACAGCAUCAAUUUUUGCAUCAAUGAAGCUUGGUUUUAAUUGCAUCUAUGGAUAUUCAUCACAAUGCUUAUAAAAAAAAAAAAAUUAAUUUGUUUUGUUUUAUAAAAAAUACUUUGGGUCUAGCUGAGCUUUAGCUUCAGCUCCAAUUCUCAAAAACUAGUUAUAUCAAUGAAACUAGAUUUAUGGUUUCAUCUAUUGAUGUUCAUCAUAUGUGAUAACAGAAUUAAUUAAAUUAAAACUUUAUUUGAAUUUCCUUAAUUGUAUUUUUUUUUUUUUUUUCUAUUUUUUUCUAUUUAUUUUAUUAUUCUUUAAAAAAAAAUAUGGACAAAUUUUAAUUUUUUAACGUGACAGAAAAUGUGAAGCAUUAUACCAAAAUAAAAAUGUAAUUAAAAAAGGUUUGUAAAAUAUUUUGUUACACUACCUGUACAUAUCACUUUGUGUAGUUUUAAUUUUAGAUUUGCAUUCUAUAGUAAUUACUGAUUACACUGUAGUCCUCACAGAUCACUUGUGAUAUUGCUGUGAUGUUUAUUAUAUUAUUUAAGCCAUUUAUGAUAUAUUUAAUUACUCUCCAGUACUUACAAAUGAAAUUUCUGCAAGUGAAUAGUUGGCUUAAUAGGGAAUCGGUUGGAAUAUCAUCAUCGAUCAUCAGUUACAACCAGUUAACUUUUGAUUAUACAAUGUUAGAAUUAUAUAAUCGUAUAAGGCUUUCAAGUAAGAUUAUACACUUAUUGUUGUAUUUGCUAAUUUUACUUUUAGUACCUGUUCAAGACCUUUUUUCUUUAUGUACACAUUAAAAGAAACAAACCAUGGUACAUUUGUAUAUUUAUAUCAAUUUCAUCAUGUAAACUAGGAAAAUUUACAGGUAACAUUUUUCACAGCAAUCAACUAUAUAUUUUCUAAUGAAUCAUCAGGAGCCCAACUAAUAAUCGAUCAGUGGAACCUCACUACUUAAUAGCACUACAAGAACCCAUGAUACAUGUUAUGAUUGUUUUAAAUGUGUAUGACUUCACUGAACAGUCACUAUAUUAUAAGUGUUUAAUAACAUUCUCACCAAUGUCCUUUUACACAAUCAGUGCAAACUUUAAUUUUCAUAAAGAAAAUAAGCCUUUGCAUGAAUGGUAGUAUGUAGUGAAUGUAUAGUAGUUUAAAAGAAACUCAAAUUGUAAAAAAUAAGGAAUGCCCUAUUUUUUAUUUAAAUACAAGGUAAAAAAAACUUUACAUGUUGUUAAUUAUUGAUGUCGAAUGUACUGUAAUUGUAACAUAUAUAUAUAAUUUUGGAAGCAAAUGGUUUAGUAAAUGCACCAUCUCACAGACUAUUUUUAUGGGUCUAAAUCCUGUUCUCUAAACCUUUUUCUCCCAUCAAAAUGUAAAUAAUUAAAAAAAGUGUUUUUUUUUUUUUUUUUUUGUAUAUCCCAAGGGAGAUAAUCUAAAUUGCUUUGGUAAAAAUGUGGAAAUCCAUUUAGACAAGUCUACCACAUAAGAAAGAAUCGUAAACUGACCUUCUAUAUGACUUGUCCCACAGCAGUGAUCAUAGAUUUUGUUGGUGGUGUGUAAAUUAGGAAUGCAGACUCAUUUGUUGCACUGUGUAUAUGUAUAUCAGUUAUACAGGUCCGGUUUUGCAUACAGUUGAGAUAAACAUAACAAUCAUGCAUUAUGUUAUUAAACUGUGCCUUGAGCUUCCGGUUUCACAUCUUUGACCAAUUACUUGGGCAAUCACUUAUUUAAUAUUUGUGUGAUAAACAUGGAGGUGUAUAUACAAUAAAUACAGCUUAUAUAUUUUU